AUGACGACCAACAAGAAACAUUCAGACUCUGAGCAGAGUGCAAUAACGACUGAACCAUCACCUGUCCAGAUGUUCAAGCCAACCCGUCGAUGGUGGCAUUGGCAUGAGCCUGGCGCUAGCAAAGAAGAGAAGUGGCUCAUCUUCAAGCUAGACGCCGCCAUUCUCACUUACACCUGUUUGACUUUCUUCGUCAAAUAUCUGGAUCAAACGAAUGUCACGAAUGCUUAUGUAUCUGGAAUGAAAGAGGACUUGGACCUUCAUGGAAACCAGCUCAACUGGCUUACGACAUACUUCAACAUCGGCAUUAUCAUCGGGGCACCUUUUUCAACAAUAAUGCUCACCUUUAUCAAGCCUCGUUGGUGGCUUCCUGCUUGCACGAUGGCUUGGUCACUUCUAGUUCUAGGAAUGCAUAAGGCUGAGACUGCUAAGACACUUUAUAUCUUACGAUUCUUUACGGGUCUUUGCGAAUCCGGUGCUAUGCCUGGGUCAUUCUACCUGAUUGGAAGUUGGUACCGCAAGUCGGAGAUUAGCAGGCGGACUACUCUAUUCUGGUUCUCCUCCGUUAGCGGGCAGAUGCUCUCUGGAUAUAUCCAAGCUGGACUGUAUCGAAACAUGAAUGGUAGCCUAGGUCUAGCUGCUUGGCGGUGGUUAUUUAUCCUAGACUUCUUGAUCAGCGUUCCAGUUGUCAUUCUUGGUCUUAUCAUCUGCCCUGAUGAACCAAAGGCAAAGAAACUCUGGUGGAUGUCUGAAGACGAGAAGCAACGAUGUAUCGAGCGAAUGGCCGAUGAGGGCCGAGACGCUGAAGGUUCCCAUUGGGAUCGUGCAUUGAUCAAACAGGUUCUGAGAUCUUGGCAACUUUAUGCAUUUUGUCUUGCUUGGGGGUUCAUGGAACUUACUUGCGGCGUGAAUCUUCAACGAUGGAUGACACUAUGGAUCAAGUCUCUCCGCAUUGAUGGAAAACCCAAGUACAGCACUGAGAAAGUCAACGCGAUUCCUACGGUGGUAGGAUGUACAGGCCUUUUCUGGAUGCUUUUGAGUGCACUCAUUGCAGAUAGCUAUCAGAAUCGGGCUCUACCGCUCUGCAUUCUGGGCUGUGUACAGCUGUUCAGCUACAUCGUGCUUCUAGUAUGGCCAAACAGCGAGGCUUUCAUUAUGGCUGCUUAUUAUCUCGCCAGUGCAUACAGCGCGCUGUCGCCGCUGAUAUCUGCUUGGCUGAACUCCAGUUGCGGUGGGAAAAAACAGCUUAGGGCCCUAACUACAGGACUUAUGGUCUCCAUUGGAUAUGCCGUGGAGACUGUUGCUCAGCAAGAGAUGUUUCCUAUUUCGCAGGCCCCCAAGUUUAAGCAGACUCAUGGAUACGCCUUUGGGAUUGGAUGGAUAGCUGUCAUGAUUGUCUGGUGCUCUAUAUGUCUCCCACUAUUGGAGCGACACUUUUCAGCUCGCCAAAUGAAGUCUCGAGGAUAAUUUCAACGCAAUGCGGGAUAUUUCAAGGCUGGGUCUUCUGGCUAGUAGGUCACUACUCAGGGCAUGGAAACAGAUUGGUGCCGCGCCGGAUACUUGGCCACUUCUAGAUACCUAUGAAGGGCCUCUCCACGACCAGGAGUCUCUGCAAAUCAGGUCCCUUAAUGGCCUACUGUCGAGAAUAUCCCCUUACUCCU